UCUUUACCUUCAGUGAGAGGUCUCACCUGUCAGGUUGAAACUCCACAGCUGUACACUAUAACAACGUCUUAUGACUUAAAAACACGACUGGACAAAUCUAAGCAAAUAAACCUUUCCAUGGAGUCUCCAGCGAAGGAUCAGGCUGUCAGACCGGGUUUCCACAGACUGGAGGUCCAGAAGACGACGUGGGACGUCCCGGUGAGAUACGCGACGCUCAAGUCGAUCGGCUCCGGAGCCUACGGGACCGUUUGUUCUGCCAUUGACCAGAAGACCAAGGAGAAGGUGGCCAUCAAGAAGCUGUAUCGUCCUUUCCAGUCCCUCAUCCACGCCAAACGGGCCUACAGGGAACUCAGGCUGCUCCGCCACAUACAGCAUGAAAAUGUGAUCUGCCUCCUUGACGUCUUCACACCUGACUCCACACCGGAAAAAUUCCAAACCUUUUAUAUGGUAAUGCCAUUAGUAGCCAAGGAUCUGGGCCACAUUAUGAAAAAGCGGAGAUUAACUGAUCGCAUCAUCACAUACCUGUUCUACCAGCUUCUAAGAGGACUCAAGUAUAUUCAUUCAGCAGGGAUCAUUCAUCGGGACCUGAAGCCUGGUAACCUUGCUGUGAAUGAGAACUGUGAAUUAAAGAUCCUGGAUUUUGGCCUGGCAAGACAGACAGAGAGUGAAAUGACUGGUUACGUUGUGACGCGCUGGUACAGAGCACCAGAGGUCAUAUUCAACUGGAUGCACUACAGUCAAACAGUGGAUGUCUGGUCAGCCGCCUGCAUCAUGGCUGAGAUGAUUACUGGCCAGGUGCUUUUCCCAGGACAUGACAGUAUUGAUCAGCUGAAGAAGAUCCUCCGUCUGACAGGAACACCAGACUCCUCCCUGGUCCAGAAGAUGCAGAGUAAAGAUGCGCAAUCGUAUGUGCAGGGUCUUCCUCCGCAAAAGAAGAAAAACUUCAAAGACGUGUUUGCGUCCAUGGAUAAAAAUGCUGUAGACCUUCUGGAGGGGAUGUUAAUGCUGGACCCAGAGACACGGCUGACAGCUAAGCAGGGACUGUCGCACCCUUUGCUGGCUGAAUUUCAUGACCCGGAGUGCGAGCCAGACUCUGAUCCUUAUGACGACUCUUUCGAGAGCCUGGAGCUCGCCGUUGGGGAGUGGAAGAGUCUUAUCCACAUGGAGAUCAUGACCUUCGACCCUGACAACCCCAGUAAGACAGCCAUGUAGGAUGCUGUGAUGUGCUGGCGCCUCCCAAUGUUUGGUUAUAAUACAUAUACAGACUGUAAAGGUCAACAACACUGUCAAGCUCAGACAGACAAAUAUACAACAGCAUAAAAAUUAUUUAGGUGCAUCUGAUAUGCAUUGCAAUUGAAAUGCAUUUUAUAGGGAAGCUUUACUUGGUACGGUGGCCUGUACAGGACUAUAGAAAACUAAGACAAAUAAGACAGCAGUAGCAGUAGUUGGCAUGCACGUCAAACUUUAUUUAAAAUAAAUUGACAAAAUAAUCUUACCUCAAGGUCCAUUUACUAACUUUUUUUCUACUGCAUCUCAUGGUUUUCAUGAGGACAGCAUCUCACCAUUCUUUCCGUGAAAUGUUAGAUGUCCGAUCCAUCCAGUGAUAAAGACCACAAGAUGCGGUUUGAAGGAAAAAAGUAAUGUGGACCUCAAGUUAAGAUUAUUUUAUAAAACUUCUAUUUCCAAGGUCAAGGAUAACUUGCAACUUCGACAAAAUAUUUAUUUUAUUGACUACUGCAAAGUAGAUGGUAAAACAAAUGUGUGAAAACACGAGUUGGGAAAUUACAAGACAAUUUCCAUACAUGUGGCUGAGAUAGACUAUAAGCUUUUUCUUGACUUUACAAGUACAGUAUAUAGUAGAAAGAUAAACCUGGUUUAUAAUAAAAAAUAUCUUUAGUUACAAUUUAUUUCACAAGGACAGUUAUUGUGCAUGUCUCAUUUUAUAUGUUUUUGUGUAACAUAUUCAUAAUAUGUAAAGGCUGUAUGGUGCAAUUUCACUUUAGGACUUAUUUGGAUAGAUGUGGAAUUUUAUUUUUCAUCAUUAUUUUUACUGUUUGAACACACUCGAUUGUUUUCAAAUAAAACGUUGUAUAAAAUGACAUGUUUUUUAACUGAAAAGAAUUCAAUAAUUGAAAGAUGGAUACUC